AUGAGUUCAAACAUCACCACAUUCACUAACGUCAAUCAUUCCGACGGUUUGAUUGAAAUAAUUUUAGGUAAAUCUGUUGAAACAAUUAUUGUCAACAACGAUUUCUAUUAUCGUUUUCAAGAUCUCAAACACAAAUAUGAAUCUUAUUCCAAGUAUUCCAAAAAUAACGAUGUCGUUAAAAUUGGACGAAAAGGGCUUACCUAUGUGUGUUUGGAGAUCGCUCUAGAUAUUAUAACAAAAGAGGACAAUUAUCGGUCCCAUUUAAUUAACUAUCUCACCCAACAACAAUUACAACGAUUCCAAAACAAUUCAGAAACGAUGCAACAAACAUCACAAACAAGUACUUCUUUUUCCAACAUUUCACAAGACAUUCCUAAUGCUCCAUCUACAUCCUCUCCAACAAAAAGAAAACAAACUCUGCAAGAAUUGGAUAAACAAAACAAAACAAACGCAACACCAUCUCUCUCUAUCGCGAAGCCAAAAGUGUUGACUAAACGAUCACGCAAUACAGAACAUGAUAUUAAAGAAAUAACUAAAAAAAAAAAGGAAAGUAAAAGGAUAAGAGAACAAGAAAUUGACACCUAUUUAAAUAGACUGAUAGAACAAUAUGAUAAAGAAAAGAAAGACAUUGUGAAAUCCAAUAUAUCAAAAGUCAAUCUAGUGGCUGCUUCAGAAACACGAGAUAUAUAUAAAAGUCAAAACACAGAGGCAAUUCUUUCUCUUGCACAAGCAAUAAGUUCUUCCAAUCACGUCUCCGAUAACGAAAAAGAAACAUUUAGAAAGCUAAAACAAAUGUCGUUAAAACCAGUCUCUUUAACCAAACAACUGAAGGUAAAAGAUGAACUAUGUUGCUCCAACAAAGCUUGGAAAGAGCAUAUUUUUUCGUUGGGACUCAACGAUAUUCUUAAGGCGGAUCUUAAAGACAUAGAAGGACAAGUAACGAAUGCCUUAGUUGAAUAUUUUGGAAUACAACAUGUAUUAAAAGGAUUUGUGAUGAAACUGGAACCUGUGAUCAUUGCAGCUGUAAAAAGUCACCUGCAUACCGUGUUUCUAAGAAAACAACAACAACGUCCUGUAAAUGAAGAGUUACCUGAUUCUUUGGUAAUCAAGAUGAGUAUGGAUGGAAGAAAAUUUGACGGACUUCAGACGGUGGUUGUAACUCUUUCAGUUUUAAAUCUUACAACAUUUGGAACUCAAGAGCGAAGAAAUGUUUUUCCUGUCGCAAUGUAUAUUGGUAAUGAACAGGAAAUUAUGGAUUAUUGUAAAAACUUUGCACAACAAGUCGAAAAGAUUUCGAAAGAUGGUAUACAAAUAACGAAAAAACAAGCAGACGCUUCGUUAAACAAAGAAAAUUUCAACAUGAAAGUGACUAUAAUAUGGGUUAGCGAUUUAAAAUCUCUGUCUUACGUGAGCGAUUUAUUAGAAGGCAAUAUGUUUUGUUUGAGAUGCGCAUGCUUGAAAUGUAAUAGCUUAAAUGGAACCUCCAUGCCAAGGUUUUUAAAUCACAAGUUUGGUAUUGAUUCAUCCAAAAUUUAUAUUUGCAUUCUCCACGCAGAAGAACGUAUUACGGAGCAUUUGGUAAAAUGGUCCCUUACAAAAGAAGAAUAUGAAAAAUUAGUGCUUGAAAGAGUAAGAAAACUACCAUGUUUUUCAUCUUCCUUUACAUUUCAUUCGACCCAAGUUAAAAAUACAUCAGACGCAGAAGAAGAUCCAGUAUUAGAAAACGAGGACUAUAAAUUCAUGUUGACUGGAGGAAUGGUUGAAGUUAUCUCACAGCAUUACAAGACAAUUUUUGAAAAUGUUGUUACGGAUGAAAUGAUGGAAAUUUGGGAUCAGUGGAUUAUUGUUCGUCAAUGGCUUAAAAUGACAAAUGAUGAGCGAGCAAAGAAAACAGAGGAAGAGCUUUUAGAAUUUUAUCAAUUAUUAACUAAAUGGCAUAUCAACAUUGUAGAACUACGAUCAAGCGUUGGAGUGCUUCCGUAUUACAUACACAUUAUUGUGCAUCAUGUAAAAGAAUUUUUCGAUGAAAUUGGUUCUCUGGUUCCUGUUUCCAAUGAAGCAGUAGAAGGUUCUCAUCAACAUGACCAUUUUAUAACAGAAAGAGCAACAGCAAAAGGUAAAAAGAAAUACUUUUUCGAUGAAUAUGUGAAAGAUAGUAAUACUGUGUGGAACGAGAUGAGUAUUUAUACAGAGCCAGACUUGUCUAUUGAUGAGUUUAACAAUAUAUUUAAAUAUGAAAAACAUAUUCCAAGAAAAGAAGACAAAAGAGAAUGGAAUCAAUUGUUCCAAAUUUUCCAACUGAUUGUGAAAAAACUUAGAGUAUUAUUUCUCUCUUUCAGGUCUGAUGAAGAUACUACAUUUGAAAGAAUAGAAGAAAGAAGUGGUGACAAGGUUAAGGAGAGAUGGAAUAGCUUCAAUGAUCUGAAAAUCAAGGAUCGAGUAAUAAUUGAAAGUGAUCAAUCAACUGCUACUAAUUUACAGUCUUCUCGUUCAGAAUUAGAGAAAUCUAAGCUGGAUCUUUAUUUACAGACAAAUGUUCAACAGGAAGAAAUGUUUCAGGACGAAAUGAGUGAUUUUGAAGAUGAUGAUGGAGAUGAAGAGAUGACAAAUAAUGAACAGCUAUUCGAUGAACUAAGUGAUUAUGAAGACGGUGAUGAAGAGAUGGAGUUUGGAGAGGAAACUAGUAUUCCUGACGACAUAGUGGAUUUUAUUUUUUGA